GGAACGGAACGGAACGCACGGCGGGCGGGCGGCGCUGUACCCCGUGCUGAGCGCUUGUAUCGGCGGGCCGCAGGGCCUCCCCGGGCGGCAGCGCCAUCGCCAUGGGGCCGCGGGGCCGGGGCCUGCCGUGGGCCCUGGUGCUGCUGGCCUUGCGUGGAGCAGCUGGCGCCCCCCCCAGCUUCGUCCUGUUGCUGGCGGACGACUUGGGCUUCGGGGACCUGGGCAGCUACGGGCAUCCUUCUUCGGCCACGCCCAACCUGGACCGAAUGGCUUCCCGAGGGCUGCGGUUCACCAACUUCUACAGCAGCUCCCCCGUGUGCAGCCCAUCCCGGGCUGCCCUGCUGACUGGCCGUUUCCAGAUGCGCUCUGGGGUUUACCCCGGUGUGUUCAACCCAGACUCACGGGGAGGCCUGCCACUGUCUGAGGUCACCAUUGCAGAGGUGCUGAAGGCUGAGGGCUAUGCCACAGCCAUGGUUGGCAAGUGGCACCUUGGCUUGGGGAUUAAUGGCUCCUUCCUGCCCAUCCACCAGGGCUUUGACCACUUCUUGGGGGUGCCUUACUCCCAUGACCAGGGCCCCUGCCAGAAUCUCACCUGCUUCCCACCCGACAUCAAGUGUUUUGGGACUUGUGACCAAGGCUUAGUGCCCGUCCCGCUGCUCUGGAACCAGAGCAUCGUGCAGCAGCCGGUCUCUUUCCCUGAUCUGGUGCCACUCUACAACAAAUUCUGCCGGGACUUCAUCGCUGACUGUGCCCGACGAGGCCUCCCCUUCCUGCUCUACUAUGCCUCCCAUCAUACACACUACCCCCAAUUUGCAAGCCAGGAAUAUGCAGGGCAGUCACGGCGUGGACCAUUUGGUGAUGCACUCUUGGAGUUUGAUGGCUCGGUGGGACAGCUGCUGCAGGCACUGCAGGAAAAUGGUCUUGCAAACACGACCUUGGUGUUUUUCACCUCUGACAAUGGCCCUUCCACCAUGCGUAUGGCACGUGGAGGCAGCUCUGGCCUUCUGAAGUGUGGAAAGGGCACGACAUACGAAGGUGGCAUGCGGGAACCAGCAGUGGCUUAUUGGCCAGGCCGUAUCGCUCCAGGAGUGACGCAUGAGCUGGCAAGCACCCUGGACAUCCUGCCAACCCUGACUACCCUGGCUGGAGCAGCUCUUCCCAAAGUUGCCCUGGAUGGCUAUGACCUGACUCCAGUGCUGUUUGGGUCAGGGAAGAGUCCCCGUCAGAUGAUGUUCUUCUACCCACCAUCUCCUGAUCCGCUGCACGGUCCCUUUGCUGUCAGGCUUGGGAAAUAUAAGGCCCAUUACUUCACACAAGGUUCCUUUCACAGUGAUACGACCCCAGACCAGGCCUGCCAUGGUCUGACCCCACUGACUCCUCACUUGCCCCCACUGCUCUUUGACCUGGAGUCAGACCCAGCCGAGAACUAUGAUCUGCUGCAGAGCGGCGCAGGGCCGGAGGUUCUGCAAGUACUGAAGGAGAUCAAACUACAGAAAAUGCUUUUUGAACAGCGCAUGGAGUUUGGGGAGAGCCAGAUCAGGAAGGGCAGGGAUCCAGCUCUGCAGCCCUGCUGUGUACCAAACUGCACUCCUAAGCCUUCCUGCUGCCACUGCUCCUAGCCUCUUACUGCUCCAUCCCCUUCAGUUACUCCACACUGGAACCUUACCCCAUACUCACCAGACCUCCCCUGCCCCCAACUAACCAAGCUCAGCCUUAGAGCUACCCUGCAGUGGUGGCUCAGUGAUGCCUCUGACUAAUGGAGUGCUGGGGUAGCAAACUGUGGGUUUGGGAGAUUACCAACCCUGCUAGGAGUGCAGGUCAAUGGACCCUGUGCUCUGUGUUGGAUGUUCAAGCUGAGGCCUCUUAACAGAAACCCUGACUUGCUCAGGGAGGGACCAUGAUACAGCAUCAUUUCCAGAGCCAGAACAGCUCCUUUCAAACCAUGAUCAAGAUGAAGCAAAGGGUAUGCUCCCAUGUCCAGAGAUCCCAACUCAACUGGAGGCAUGCUGUGCAUCCUGGUGGGAAUAGAGCAGGAGCUGCAGCACCAUCACUUGUCAGGGGCCAAGAGCACAGCAAGAUAAGAUUGGGAUGGAUAGUCCUGGCAGCUUCAGAGACAGGACCUUGUGCAGCUCGUGCAGGGGGGAUGUGCCUAGAUGGGAAGCAGCUCAAGCACCUCCAAGUCCUUUGUGACUCCAGGAGGUGGAGAUGUGGCCAGUGUGGCUAGUGGCACGUGUGGCCCCCUUGUAAGGUCUGUGGCUGCUGGGGAUGAUCAAUCAGGUGGGCUGCAACCACAUGCCAUCCACAUGACUGAAAGGGUCUCUCUUUACUUGCCUGUGAGCUAGUCAAGCUUCACCUUGACUUGUAGGGAAUUGCACAUGCACACAGCACUCCUACCAGUAGCUGGCCCUAGGCACUCAGUGUUUCCUACUGGGGGACUUAAACCACCCUGACAUCUAGAAAAGUAGCAUGGCAAGCUGUAGGCGAUCAGGAGAUUCCUAGAAUGGGUUGAGGAUAACUUCUUGAGCCAGGUAAUAGACAGCCCUACCCAAGAGGAUGCGAUACUAGACCUGAUCGUCACCAAUGCAAGCGAGCUCAUUGGUGACAUGAAGGUUGGAGGCUGCCUGGGCUGCAAUGAUCACGUAUCCCUCAAGAGUUCACGCUCUUGAGGAAUAUGGGGAAAGUGAGGAGUAUAGUCAGGACCCUAAAUUUUAAGAAAGCAGACUUCAAGCUCUUCAAGGAGUUAGUCAGCAGGACCCCUGGGAAAUGGUCCUCUGGGACAAGGGAGCAGAAGAGAGCUGGCAGAUCUCUAAGGCACGUGUUCCGUACAGCACAAGAGCUCUCAAUUCCCAGGUGUAAGGAAUCAGGCAAGGAAAGAAAGAGUCCAGCAUGGCUGAGUUGAGACAUGCUGGUCAAACUAAAGAGCAAGAGGGAACUGCACAGGCAGUGGAAGCAGGGACAGGUAUCCUGGGAAGAGGAUAGGGACACUGCCUGGUUGUGUAGGGAUUGGGUCAGGAGGGCCAAGGCGAGUCUGGAGCUGAAUUUGGCAAGGGAUGCAAAAAAUAACAAGAAGGGCUUCUACAGGUACGUCAACCAGAAAAGGAAAGUUAAAGAAAGUGUACCCUCCAUAAUGAACAAGAAUAGUGGCCUAGUAUCGAGAGAUGAGCAGGCUGAGGUACUCAACAACUUUUUUGCCUCAGUCUUCACUGAUAACCUCUCUCCUCACCCCUCCCAAGCUGAUGGACCACAAGAUGGGGACAAGGGGGGUAAAGCCCCUCCCACUGUAAGGGAAGAUCAUGUUUGUGACUGCCUGAGGAACCUGGAUAUACACAAGUCUAUGGGACCUGGUGAAAUGCAUCCCAGAGUCCUGAGGGAACUGGCUGAUGUAGUUAAGUCACUCUCCAUGACAUUUGAAAAGUCAUGGCAGUCAGGUGGAGUCCCUGGGGACUGGAAAAAGGGAAACAUUGUGCCCAUCUUUAAGAAGGGUGGAAAGGAGGACCUGGAGAACUACCAUCAAGUCAGCCUCACCUCUGUUCCCAGAAAGAUCAUGGAACAGAUCUUUCUAGAAGCUAGGGCUGCUGUGAGGACCCACUGUGGGCUGAUGAGGGACUGUCCGCACAUAUACUCCGUGCUUGUUUUUCAGGGAUCUUGAAUGCUGACCAUCCAGGGACAGGCCGCUGGCUGGGCACCCGUGACACCCACGAUGUACAAUGUGCCGUAGUGAGAAGCCAUGGGCCAGAGCCUGCAGGUCCCUCUGUAAGCAGAAACUCAUCACUGUCCUGCUGAAUGGCUCACGGCUGUUCGGGCUGAAGGUCAGCCAUCUUCCCUCCCCACAAGGCGUUGGUUGCAUGGACAGCAGGGCUAGGAAUGCCGCGGGGCAUGCAUCUGUCCACCCAUUUGUGCUUUCACCCCAUAGAUGAGUUGUGCAAGCAGCCUGGUCAGUGAGGGUGCAGUGGAAGGGAACAUAGAUCACAGGAGGCUAGAGGUCUUUGGGACAGAAGUUGUCACAGAGUGUCUUCAGCCAGCUACUGGUGGGACCCGUUUGUUUGUACAAUGCAUGGGUGAGCUUGAAACUGGACUCUUUCUUGACCCAGGAGACACAAAUCUAGAAAGACCCAAGGUUUGCACCAAUGACUGGGUAAGGUGCUUGACAUCCAGCCACAGGUAUUGCAUGGACAUAAUUUCCAUACUGUUAUUUGAGGCAUCUAUGAACAUGCUGUGUUUAAGACUC